CCGCGAGCUUUGGCUGCCCAAAGGAAUUCCUUCGCAGGCUCUUUCUUGGCCAAGAGCCGAGCACCCCUCGCCGACGCCAGCCUGGGCAAGCGCACCGCUCGCUCCCCCUCAGCCGCCCACAGGAACCAUGGAGUGUCACUUUUCUGCCAAGAUCAUUUUCCUUGCCCUUCUGUUCUCGGAGUGGGUCUGCUUGGGCCUAAGCAAUCGCUUGCCGUACUUCGUAAAUUAUUUCUUCGACACAUACCUGUUGAUCAAUGAAGAUACGCCAGUGGGUUCAUCGGUGACACAGCUGCUUGCCCGUGAUCUAGACAAUGACCCUCUUGUGUUUGGAGUUGUUGGAGAGGAAGCAAGCCGAUUCUUUGCUGUGGAAAGCAUGACUGGAGUUGUGUGGCUUAGGCAACCAUUAGAUAGAGAGACUAAGUCAGAAUUCACAGUUGAAUUUUCUGUCAGCGACAGCCAAGGGGUGAUCAAGGGGUCUGUGAAUAUCCAAGUGGGAGAUGUGAACGACAAUGCACCAAGGUUUCACAAUCAGCCAUAUAGUGUCCGUAUCCCUGAGAACACACCAGUGGGAACUCCAAUUUUCAUAGUGAAUGCCACAGAUCCAGACCAGGGAGCAGGUGGAAGUGUGCUGUAUUCUUUCCAGCCUCCGUCCAACUUCUUUGCCAUUGACAGUGGGCGUGGCAUUGUGUCAGUCAUCCGGGCCCUGGAUUACGAAGUUACGCAGGCCUACCAACUUCAGGUCAACGCUACAGACCAAGAUAAAACCAAACCACUUUCUACUUUGGCCAAUCUAGCGAUCACCAUCACAGAUGUGCAAGAUAUGGACCCAAUCUUUAUCAACCUGCCAUACAGUACAAACAUCUAUGAGAACUCUCCUCCGGGUACAACUGUGCGUAUGAUAACAGCAAUCGACCAGGACAAGGGACGUCCCAGAGGUAUUGGCUACACAAUUGUGUCAGGCAACACCAACAGUAUAUUUGCACUGGACUACAUCAGUGGUGCUUUAACGCUGAAUGGGCCACUGGACCGAGAAAAUCCUUUCUACAGUGCUGGAUUUAUUCUUACAGUGAAGGGGACAGAACUAAACGAUGACCGCACACCUUCCAAUGCCUCAGUGGUGACUACCUUCAACAUUCUUGUCAUUGACAUAAAUGACAACGCCCCUGAGUUCAACAGUUCAGAGUAUAGUGUGGCUAUUCCUGAGCUAGCCCAGGUGGGCUUUGCUCUUCCUCUUUUCAUCCAAGUGCAGGAUAAAGACGAGGGGCUCAACAGUGUUUUUGAAGUUUACCUGGUGGGAAACAACUCCAACCACUUUAUCAUCUCUCCAACGUCAAUUCAAGGAAAGGCAGAUAUCCGGAUUAGAGUUGCAGUGCCGCUGGACUUUGAGACAAUCCCUCGCUACGAAUUUUCUCUGUUUGCAAAUGAGAGCAUGCCAGACCAUGUUGGCUUUGCACGGGUGAAGAUUAACCUCAUCAACGAGAAUGACAACCGCCCAAUUUUCAGCCAAGUCCUCUACAACAUCAGUCUGUUUGAGAAUGCUACCGUGGGAACUACAGUUCUGAGUGUUCUGGCUACAGACAAUGAUGUGGGCUCUUAUGGGAAAGUUAGCUAUUAUUUCAGUGAUGAUCCUGACAGAUUCUCAUUGGACAAGGAUACAGGUGUAAUCACGUUGAUUGGCCGGCUGGACUUCGAGACAACCCAGCGUUACACAUUGACUGUCAUUGCCAGAGAUGGAGGUGGGGAAGAGACCACAGGGAGAGUCCGAAUUAACGUCCUGGAUGUCAAUGACAAUGUCCCCACCUUUCAGAAGGAUUCUUAUUUGGGGGCUCUGCGGGAAAAUGAGCCUUCAGUCACUCAGGUGGUCCGCGUGAGGGCAUCAGAUGAAGAUUCUCCUCCGAACAACCAGAUCACUUAUAGCAUUGUGAAUGCUUCUGCAUUCAGAAGUUACUUUGACAUCACUUUGUCUGAAGGUUAUGGAGUGAUAAGCGUUGUCCGCCCUCUGGAUUAUGAGCAAGUUCCCAAUGGUGUUAUUUAUUUGACUGUAAUGGCUAAGGAUGCAGGAAUCCCACCACUCAACAGUACUGUCCCCAUCACCAUAGAGGUUUUUGAUGAAAAUGACAACCCACCCACGUUCAGCAAGCCUUCCUAUGUCAUCACAGUCAUGGAGGAUAUUAUGGCAGGAGCAACAGUGCUGUUUCUAAAUGCCACUGAUUUGGAUCGGUCAAGAGAAUAUGGCCAGGAGUCCAUUAUCUACUCACUGGAAGGGUCUUCUCAUUUUCGAAUCAAUGCUCGCUCAGGGGAAAUCACCACAACAUCUCUGCUGGACCGGGAAGCUAAAUCUGAAUACAUACUCAUUGUGCGAGCAGUAGAUGGCGGUGUGGGUCACAACCAGAAAACAGGCAUUGCCACUGUAAACAUCACUUUACUGGACAUUAAUGAUAACUACCCCGUGUGGAAGGAUGAGCCAUACUUCAUUAACUUAGUAGAGAUGACUCCUCCAGACUCGGAUGUCACAACGGUGGUUGCUUUUGACCCAGACCUAGCAGAAAACGGUUCCCUCGUGUACAGCAUUAGACCGCCAAAUAAAUUCUACAGUCUUAACAGCACCACAGGGAAGAUUCGGACAACAGGGGUUGUCCUGGACAGAGAAAAUCCAAACCCCCAGGAAGCUGAGCUCAUGAGGAAGAUUGUGGUCUCCGUCACUGAUCGUGGAAGACCACCAUUGCGAGCCACCAGCAGUGCCACAGUGUUUGUAAACCUGCUGGAUCUCAAUGACAACGACCCAGCUUUCCAGAAUUUACCUUUUAUCACUGAGAUUCCCGAGGGACUUCCAGCAGGGUCAUCCGUUUUCCAGGUGGUAGCCAUUGACCUUGAUGAAGGCUUGAAUGGUCAAGUGACAUACCGUAUGCAGGUGGGCAUGCCUAGGAUGGACUUUGUCAUCGACAGCAGCAGUGGUCUUAUCAACUCCACAGCUGUUCUAGACAGGGAAAGGAUUGCCGAGUACUACCUCAGGGUAGUCGCAAGUGAUGCAGGAGUGCCGUCCAAGAGUUCUACCAGCACUCUCACGGUCAGAGUUUUAGAUGUGAAUGAUGAGAACCCCACCUUCUUCCCAGCUGUCUACAACGUAUCGCUUCCUGAAAACGUACCUCGUGAUUUCAAAGUGGUCCGCCUCAACUGCACUGACGCUGAUGUGGGUCUCAAUGCCGAGCUCAGUUAUUUCAUCACAGGUGGGAACCAGGAUGGAAAGUUCAGUGUCGGUUUUAGGGAUGGAGUAGUUCGAACAGUCGUCAGCCUGGAUAGAGAAACCAUCCCAUACUAUACACUUAUCCUGGAGGCCAUUGAUAACGGUCCAACAGGCAAACGGAGGACUGGGACAGCUACUGUAUAUGUCACUGUGCUGGAUGUGAAUGACAACCGGCCAAUCUUCCUUCAAAGCAGCUACGAAGCCACUGUUCCUGAAGACAUCCCUGACUACAGCAGCAUCGUACAGGUGAAAGCCACAGAUGCAGAUGAAGGUGUGAAUGGCCGGGUGUGGUACAGGAUUAUCAAAGGAAACAGUUACAACAACUUCCGGAUCAAUCCCAGCAGUGGACUGGUCAUGCGAGGCUUACGGCCCUUGGACAGGGAACGCAAUUCCUCCCACGUCCUUGAAGUGGAAGCCUACAAUAGUGAACAAGGACCCAUGAGGAGCUCUGUUAGGGUCAUAGUGUACGUGGAAGAUGUCAACGAUGAAGUGCCGGUAUUUACCCAAAGGCAAUAUAACCGGCUGGGACUGCGUGAGACUGCUGGGAUCGGGACAUCUGUUGCAGUUGUUCGGGCAACAGAUCGAGACACGGGAAACGGAGGUCUUGUGAAUUACAAAAUCAUCUCAGGUUCUGAGGGGAAGUUUGAAAUCGACGAGAGCACCGGUCUCAUUACCACCAUUGACUAUCUGGACUACGAGACGAAAACCAGCUAUCUGAUGAAUGUUUCGGCCACGGACCAAGCACCCCCCCAUAACCAAGGCUUCUGCAGCGUUUAUGUCAGCCUCCUCAACGAACUGGAUGAGGCCGUGCAGUUCUCGAAUGUCACGUAUGAAGCAGUGAUCACAGAGAACAUCCCCCUGGGAUCUGAAGUCCUCCGAGUCCAGGCGCGCUCCAUCGAUAACCUGAACCAGAUCACGUACAAGUUUGACCCCAAUACAAAUCCUCAGGCUCUGUCUUUGUUCAAAAUAAAUGGCAUCACUGGUGUGAUCACAGUCAAAGGACAGGUAGAUCGAGAGAAAGGAGAUUUUUACACCCUAACUGUUGUUGCAGAUGACGGUGGUCCGAAGCUUGACUCAACUGUGGUUACUAUCACCAUACUGGAUGAGAAUGACAACAGCCCACAGUUUGACAUUACUUCCGACUCAUCUGUGAGCGUAGCAGAGGACAGUUCUGUUGGACGUCGAAUUGCUCUGGUUUUGGCCAGGGACCCUGAUGCAGGAAGCAACGGGCAGGUGACUUUUUCUAUAGUAUCAGGAAACAUAGGCAGGGCAUUUGAAAUCCGUACAACCAACAAUACCUAUGGAGAAGUGUUUGUGGCCAGACCAUUGGACCGGGAAAUGAUUGAACACUACACUUUAAAGAUUCAAGCAUCUGACAGAGGUGUCCCACCUCGCAAGAAAGAACACACCUUAAGAGUGAAUAUACUGGAUGUUAAUGAUAACCCACCAGUUAUUGCAAAUCCAUAUGGAUACAACGUUAGCGUUAAUGAGAACGUGGGUGGAGGUACCGCUGUGGCUCAGGUGCGAGCAACUGACAGGGAUAGUGGCCUCAACAGUGUCCUCUCCUACUACAUCACUCAAGGGAAUGAGGAACUGACCUUUCGCAUGGACAGAGUGACUGGGGAGAUCGCCACCCGCCCUUCCCCUCCAGACCGUGAGAGGCAGCAGUUCUACCAGCUGGUGGUCACUGUGGAGGAUGAAGGCAACCCAGCCCUCUCGGCUACUACCACGGUCUAUGUCACCGUCCUGGAUGAGAAUGACAAUGCUCCAGUAUUUCGGCAGCAGCAGUAUGAAGUCACACUGGAUGAGGGCCCCGGCACACUUAACGCAAUCCUUAUCACCAUCAAUGCGGUGGACCUUGACGAAGGGCCAAACGGCACAGUUACAUAUGCCAUCACAGAGGGGAACAUCAUGGGCACUUUUCACAUAAACAGCACUACGGGACAAAUCAGCACCAUGAAGGAGUUGGAUUAUGAAAUCAGCCACGGGCGUUACACACUGAUCGUCACUGCCACAGACCAGUGUCCGAUCCCUUCACGCCGUCUCACAUCCACCACAACAGUGUUAGUGAAUUUGAACGAUAUCAAUGAUAAUCAACCAACGUUCCCACAUUCCUAUGAAGGGCCCUUUGACAUCACAGAAGGACAGCCAGGGCCAAGGGUGUGGACUUUCCUUGCCCACGAUGGAGACUCGGGACCCAAUGGACAAGUGGAGUACAGCAUCAUCGCAGGGGAUCCCCUUGGAGAAUUUGUGAUCUCUCCUGUGGAAGGGGAGCUACGCGUGCGGAAGGAUGCUGAGCUUGACCGAGAAAACAUUGCUUUCUAUAACCUCACCAUUGCUGCCAAGGACAGAGGGGUGCCUCCUCUCAGCUCCACUGUGUUGGUGGGAGUGCGUGUUCUGGACAUAAACGACAACGACCCCGUCCUCCUCAACCUACCGAUGAAUCUCACUCUCAGUGAAAAUGCUCCCAUCUCCAGCUUCGUCACCCGCAUCCUUGCCAGUGAUGCUGACAGCGGCAGGAAUGCACUUUUAACCUUCAGCAUCACAGCAGGGAAUAUAGACAAUGCUUUCUACAUCAAUGGCACUACUGGCAUCGUGUACAUAAACCGCCCGCUGGAUAGGGAGCGGGUGUCCAAGUACAGCUUGACAGUGACAGUGAAGGACAACCCAGAAAAUGCACGCAACGCAAGGCGGGAUUUCGACUUGCUGGUGAUUUCAGUAGCAGAUGAAAAUGAUAAUCACCCCCUCUUCACUCAGAGUUCCUACCAGGCUGAGAUCCUGGAGAACUCCCCUCCAGGAACUCGCAUCACAGUCCUUAAUGGGCCAAUUCUAGCUUUGGACAACGACCAGGGCAUCAAUGCUGUGGUGACAUACCAGCUCCUUGGGGCAGCGACAGACCUUUUCAGCAUCAACAACAGAACAGGGGUUGUUUUGGUGAGGCCAGGCCAAGUGAUAGACAGAGAAGCCUUCUUGAAUCCGGUCUUGGAAUUUCUGCUGGUUGCAAUGGAUAUUGGAAAGCUGAACAGCACCGCUAGGCUCACUGUGACCAUUCUGGAUGAUAAUGACAAUAGGCCAACUUUUCACCCGGCACUGUUGACUGCUCACCUGCUGGAAAACAGCCCUCCAGGUUUUUCUGUUCUCCAGGUAAUGGCAACUGACAUGGAUAGUGGCCUCAACCAGCAGCUGAGCUACCGGAUCGAAAGUGGAGCUCAAGAUAGGUUUGUGAUCAACACCAACACAGGGGUGAUCAGUGUGGCCAACAUCAGCAUAGACAGAGAAGAGAAGGACAAUUACCGGCUGACGGUGAUUGCUGUGGAUCGAGGGACUCCGCCUCUCUCUGGCACUGCCACUGUGAGCAUCCUCAUUGACGACAUCAAUGACUCCCAGCCAGAGUUCAUCAACCCCAUCCAGACCGUCAGUGUCCCUGAAUCGGCUGAAAUAGGCACGGUUGUUGCUGAGAUGACUGCAAGAGACAGAGACCUCAAUCCCCGGCUGGAAUACUACAUCAUUGAAAUCCUCGCCAAAGAUGAUAAUGAUGCUCUUGUGCCUGACCAGCAGGGAGCGUUUGCAGUGGAUUUUAGAACAGGUGCUGUGAAAGUUAAGUCCACUCUAAAUAGGGAGCUGGUAGCCACUUACGAGGUCACCAUCUCUGUCUACGACAAUGCCAGCGACGUGGUGGACCGCUCAGUUAGUGUGCCAAACGCAAAGCUGACAGUAAACAUAUUGGAUGUCAACGAUAAUACUCCCCGGUUCCGCCCUUUCGGGGCACUGUUUUUCAAGGAAAGGAUCCUGGAAGGGGCCACUCCAGGGACCACCUUGAUAUCCGUGUCAGCUGUAGAUCCAGACAAAGGUGCUAAUGGUCAGAUCACUUAUGAGCUACUUGACCUUUCACCUGAGGGAUAUGUCCAGCUGGAAGACAGCUCAGCAGGAAAAGUAAUUUCCAACAGGACGGUGGACUAUGAAGAAGUUCAAUGGCUGAACUUCACUGUUCGGGCUUCAGACAAUGGAUCUCCCCGGAGAUCAGCCGAGAUACCAGUGCACCUAGAAAUUGUGGAUAUCAAUGACAACAACCCCAUCUUCAGCCAGCCAUCCUACCAGAAACCUGUCUUUGAGGAUGUCCCACUAGGCACUGUCAUUCUGAGGGUCCGUGCCACAGAUGCCGAUUCGGGACGCUUUGCCCAGAUUGAGUACAGCCUGGGAGAUGGGGAGGGCAAGUUUGGGAUCAACCCCAACACGGGAGAUAUCUACAUUAUGUCAACCCUGGACCGAGAAAAGAAAGAUCAUUAUAUGUUGACUGCUGUAGCCAGAGACAAUCCAGGAGCCAUUUCUAGUGACCGCCGAGAGAACUCUGUGCAGGUGGUGAUUACAGUUUUGGAUAUCAAUGACUGCCGACCCCAGUUUGCCAAAAAACAGUAUAGCACCAGUGUGUAUGAAAAUGAGCCAGGAGGGACUUCUGUGAUCACGAUGACUGCUACUGACCUUGACGAGGGAGACAACGGAAUGGUGACCUACAAUAUUGAAGGACCUGGAGUAGAGGCCUUCAGAAUUCACAAGGACUCAGGGCUCAUAACAACUCGCAGGCGCCUACAGUCUUAUGAGAGGUUCAACCUCACAGUUCUGGCCACUGACAAAGGGAGACCACCUCUCUGGGGAACAACUAUGCUCCAAGUAGAUGUUAUUGACAUCAACGAUAACCGUCCGUUAUUUAUCCGCCCCCCCAAUGGAACUAUCUUGCACAUUAAAGAGGAAAUCCCUCUCCGAUCCAACGUGUAUGAAGUCUACGCCACAGAUAAGGACGAGGGUCUCAAUGGAGCUGUGCAGUACACCUUCCUCAAAACUGGCGCAGGGAACAAAGACUGGGAAUACUUCACCAUCGACCCAAACAGCGGGCUCAUCCAGACAGCAAUGAGGCUGGACCGAGAGAAACAAGCUGUGUACAGCCUGAUCAUUGUGGCGUGUGACCAAGGCCAACCACCUUACGAGACCAUGCAGCCCCUCCAGGUGGCUCUGGAUGAUAUAGAUGACAACGAGCCCGUCUUCCUGAGGCCGCCUAAAGGGUCUCCCCCUUAUCAGGUUCUUUCUGUGCCUGAACACUCAUGUCCUGGUACAGUGGUGGGCAAUGUCACUGGAGCAGUAGAUGCUGACGAGGGCUCCAAUGCUAUCGUCUAUUACUUCAUUGCAGCUGGUAACAGAGAGAAUAAUUUCCAGCUGAGUCGGGAAGGAAAAUUGCAGGUGUUGCGGGACUUGGACCGAGAGAAAGAAGCUUUCUACUCUAUCAUUGUCAAAGCCUCUAGCAAUAGGAACUGGUCACCUCCCCAGGGUCGCCGGGCAACCAGGAUCCAAGCCAUGGAUCUCAGCACUGAUGCUACUCUGCAAGAAGUACGGAUCUUUUUGGAUGACAUUAAUGACCAACCUCCCCGGUUCACCAAAUCAGAAUACACGGCAGGGGUAGCAACAGAUGCAAAAGUGGGUUCCGAACUGAUCAAGCUUGUUGCAUUGGAUGCCGACGUGGGAAACAAUAGCCUGGUCUUGUACAGCAUUCUGGGUAUCCGUUACAUCAAGCAACAUUCCAACGACUCUGAGGAGGUGGCCAACAUUUUCAGCAUUGGUAACCUAGACGGGAUUCUUCGAACCUUUGACCUCUUCACUGCUUACAACCCUGGCUACUUUGUGGUGGAUGUCAUGGCCUCAGACCUGGCUGGUCAUAAUGACACUGCGGUUGUGGGGGUCUAUAUCCUGCGGGAUGACCAACGGGUGAAGAUUAUAAUCAAUGAGAUCCCAGAUAAAGUACGGCAAUUUGAGGAAGAGUUCAUCAGCCUAUUGUCAAACAUCACGGGGGCCAUUGUCAAUACGGAUGACGUUCAGUUCCACGUUGACAAAAAAGGCCGUGUGAACUUUGCCCAAACAGAAUUGCUGAUCCACGUGGUGAACCGGGAAACCAACCGGAUUCUGGAUGUAGAACGAGUAAUACAGAUGAUUGAUGAGAAUAAGGAGCAGCUGCGGAAUCUCUUCCGGAAUUACAAUGUCUUGGAUGUGCAGCCAGCAAUCACUGCCAGGGCUCCAGACGACAUGUCGGCGCUGCAGAUGGCAAUAAUUAUUCUGGCUAUUCUCCUCUUCCUGGCAGCCAUGUUGUUCAUCCUCAUGAACUGGUACUACAGAACAGCGCACAAAAGAAAACUGAAAGCAAUUGUGGCCGGUUCCACAGGUAACCGAGGUUUCAUGGACAUCAUGGAUAUGCCAAACACAAAUAAAUAUUCCUUUGAUGGAGCCAACCCUGUGUGGCUGGACCCUUUCUGCAGAAACCUGGAGCUAGCAGCACAAGCUGAGCAUGAGGAUGACCUGCCUGAGAACCUCAGUGAAAUAACAGACCUGUGGAACAGCCCAGCCAGGACUCACGGAACAUUUGGCCGAGAGCCUUCGGCUGCCAAACCCGAAGAAGAUCGCUAUCUGAGAGCAGCCAUUCAGGAAUACGACAACAUUGCCAAGCUAGGCCAGAUCAUGCGAGAAGGGCCCAUCAAGGGCUCUCUCUUAAAGGUAGUCUUGGAUGAUUACAUGCGACUGAAGAGACUGCUUGCUCAGCGGAUGGUGCAUAAAGCCACCACCAGUCAUGGGGACCAGUCCUCAGUCUCUGAGCUGAUCCAGAACGAUUUGGACGACGACGACGAGCAAAGGAGUCCAAGCCAAGGGAGCCUCCGCUUCCGACAUAAGCAGCCCAUUGAGCUCAAGGGACCUGAUGGAAUCCACGUGGUCCACGGGAGUACAGGUACUCUGCUAACCUCUGACCUCAACAGUCUUCCCGAGGAUGACCAGAAGGUGCUGGGCCGCUCCUUGGAGACACUGACUGCCGACGGUGGGGCGUUCUGUGACAAGAACGCCCGCACCGAGUCCGCCAAAUCCACCCCUAUGCACAAAAUGAGGGAAGUGAUCAUGGAGAGCCCACUGGAAAUCACAGAGUUAUGACUAGAAGUGGCAUCGCUGGUGUAGCGCUCCGAGGAAGCCUGGCCCCACGUAGACUGCCGCCGCCGCCAGAGGAGAGCACUGACCAAGGGACAAGAGGGGCAGAAGAAAAUCCAGAGGCCUCGGUCACUUGUGCCUGGCCACCACCUGUUCCAGAAGAAACCUGACCAAGACAGCUGUUAGGGCAGCCUUGGGGAGCCUAACCCCCAGGGUGAAGGUUCUCAGGACUGUUUGCUUCUACCAGGCACUCAUAUCAUUAAACUCAUAACUUUUUAAAUUUUAUUUUUAAAAUAUAAAGUGUUAAAAAGAGCAAUGGGGAGGCCCUGAGGCACAGACUUAAGGCUAGAAUUGCAAUAACCACGGUGUGCCAUGAUGCCCCAUCGGUGGAGAUGACCAGGCUCUCCCAACAGGUCCUGGGUUGCACCAAUUACAUUCUUCCACCAUCAGGCUAGUGGUGGUGGUGGGGAUUGUGAUGAUGGGAGAAGACGGCUGCUAACCAGCUGCAGCUAAGAUGCUAUGACCAUCAACUCGCACAGAGCAAAUUGUGUGAUAACCUUCAGGAAGCUCCAUAAAUCUGUUUGGCAUUUAUCUGUGUUUUCACCUUUCCAGAAAGCAGGGGGUGGGGAGAAACUGAAGCCAUUUCUUCAUUUUGCUGGCCUACCAAAACACUGCAGCAUCAAAAGAAACAAGAGUGAUAUUAAUUGAGGUUCUGAACGUAGAGUGUUUUGUGUGUACUCCUUUUUUUCUUCUUCUUUUGUUUUCAAACAGUAAAGUGUUGAGCAUUUUUGGAAUGGUCUGUCAAAGGAACCAGAAAUACAUAAUCCAUGAAUUUAGUUAAUCUGUGUUUGAUCUUUCCCUCCCAGCUUGGGCACAGGGUUCGGUGCUUGUUUGGGUUAAGUACACACUGCUGUAGGGGCUGAGGAAUCAGCGUGGUCAUUGUGCUCAUCUAUAUACCAGCAUGUACAUUCUCUCUCCAUAAAACUAUCAAGAAGGGAAAUGCUAAGUGUUUCUUAUUCAGAAGUGUGUAUACGAUGCAAUACACACACAGUGAAAGGUCUGCAGUUUGAAUAAACUGUGCCCAUUAAGCUAACCUUUAA